CGUUCCCGUAACCGAUUGAAGCGACGACAACCACGACAACCCGGACGACUUUUUGCGGGUCAAUUCUGCCUUCCUUCGACUUCGUUUGCGUUGCCCGCUGUUGCUCAGAGAAACGCCGCCAGAAUGCCUUCGGAACACGGUAACAGACUCUAUGUCAAGGGUCGCCACCUGAGCUUCCAGCGCUCCAAGCGUGCUGUCAACUGCAACACCAGUCUGAUCCAGAUCGACGGUGUCAACAACACCGAGGCUGCCAACUUCUACCUCGGCAAGAAGGUCGCUUUCGUCUACCGGGCCAAGCGUGAGGUCCGUGGCUCCAACAUCCGGGUCAUCUGGGGCAAGGUCACCCGCCCUCACGGCAACUCCGGUGUCGUCCGCGCUCAGUUCCGCCACAACCUCCCCCCCAAGUCCCUCGGUGCCACCGUCCGUAUUAUGCUCUACCCCUCCAACAUCUAAAUGACGCCCUUUUUGAUAUGAUGGUUGGCACUCCGGAUCUUAUUUCGCGCAGACAGUCGGGCAAGGAGUCGACGGUAUGAGCCGAUGUUGAGAUGGAGUUGGCGGGUUGGUAAUGUUCGUGGGAGAGGCAGGGCCGGUUAGCCCUACGAAUUAAAUUAAAAGAACUUCUUUCUUCUUUUUCCAGCAUGGUGAUUGUCGGGCCACAGGCAUAUAUAGACGAGGCUCGAUCCAGUUUCAGUACUGGGGAGCUCUUGGUAUGCCUUGGCCGACAGCAAUGGCUUUCCCCACCCCAUGUACCUGACGCUCAUAAACAACACAAUCCAUACCAUUUCAACACCAC